AUGGAUGAAACAAGCGCGCCUCAUGUACGCUUGAGUGACACGGAUUCGGAGGUACGUGGCGCAGCGCCUUCGUUCGGCGCGACCUGGAAACGUUGGAAAUCGAAGGCUACUGGAGGAUUGGAACUGGGGCCCGUCAAGGAGAAGCUGGAGUACACCGCAAUGAAGGUGCUAGGUAUCGCAGACAUGAAGGAAAACAUAGCAAAGGACUGUCAAGAACUCGCAUCCAAGGUCAUCUGGGUGACGGAGCGUGUCCUAGAACGCGUGCCUCCGGAAGGCCCUGGGGACGCAGCUGCGGAACAGCUUAUCCACACGCUCACACAAUCCAUAUCCAAGAUCGACUGCUUUCUCAAGCAUCCACCUUCGGAUGCUAGGCAGCGCAUCAGUGAGGCAAGAGCGGCAAAGUUCCAAGAAAACAAUAAUCUUCUAGACGAGCUAAGGCUGCAAUACCUGGCAAGUGCUCACGAUGAAACACGUGUCGACGUCCUCAGCGAGAGCAUGUCGAGGGCUCUUGUGCCGCAAGGGCCGUCGGACUCACCCAUUCUCGACAUACCCCCCAUCCCAACGGCUUUCCACGGUAGAAACGAAUUGGUCGCAAGCAUCGUCCAACUCCUCCUCCAGCCUGAGCCGUCCCGGAUCCCUUUGCUCGGAACUGGCGGAAUCGGCAAGACGUCUGUCGCAUGCGCUGCCAUGAACGAUGCCAGAGUCAAAGAUCACUAUGGCAAACACAUCUACUUCCUCAGCUGCGAGGGUCUCUUAUCCGCAGAGGGAAUCAUCAUGGCAUUGCUGGCCAUGUUUAACGUUCAAGCUACCAACAACACUCGCGCAGCUGUGAUUGGGUAUCUGCAUCUCAUGGGACGAGCGCUUCUUGCGCUAGACAACCUUGAGACUACAGUCCAAGCGGACAGACAGCAUGUAGAAGAACUGCUGGGACGACUGUCCAACCUUCGACAACUGUCCUUCAUCAUCACUAUGAGGGGAAUGUUGCCGCCAGACGGUGUGGAGUGGGAUGACGUGUCCCCACUCGGUGCGCUUUCUCUAGAUGCGUCCCGUGAGAUAUGGGCGCAGAUCGCAAAGAAAUCCGACGGGAAAUUAGACGAGCUGCUGCAACAUCUGGAUGGACUUCCUUUAGCGAUCCGUCUCCUCGCUCGCCAAGGACGAAUGUUGAUGCCGACGGCAUUACUCGCGGCGUACGAAAGCCAGAGGACCAAAAUGCUGAAGGUCGGGACGAGGGGGAGGUUGGAAAAUCUAGAAGUCUCUAUCAAGAUAUCCCUCGAAUCAGAGCUCAUGCUGCAGAACUCUCACGCACUCUCGCUCCUCUCCGCUCUUUCACUCCUACCUGAUGGCGUUAAAGUGGAGAAGUUAGUCGAGAUAAUACCGUCGAUGAGUGACCACGUGCUAGUCGCCGCUUCGGUGCUGUUGCAGGUAGGAAUGGUCCAUGACGAGAGUGGACGACUGCGGAUAUUGUCGCCAAUUCGCGAUUAUAUGUUAGAGCAUCAUCCGCCAGCAGAUCCUUGGUUGGAGAAUCUUCAAACAUACUUCAUGGUUCUCGCCGCGCGGAUCCCAAUCUAUGAACGCCAGGGCAGCCCCAAGUCUUUUGAAGUCAUCCAUGCUGAACUUGCAAACAUCACCUCUGUUCUUUUGCAUCUUUGGCAAGGCAAAACUGCACGCUAUGAUUCGAAUCACCUCGUCGACUUUACAGAUUAUGUGGCAUAUUUCUCCUCCCGGACUUCAACUGGCGACACUGUGCCCCUACUACGGAAAGCAACGACUACGGCGAAAAUAAGGGGUAAUCGCUACCUUGCAGCGAGAUGUUCAUUUCGCCUCGCGAAAAUACUGUACCUACGUAACGAAUCCACGGAGGCCGUUUCUUUAUUAGGAGAAGUUAAAGCGGCCUUUCACACCGUCAACGAGCAGCUGUCGGAAGCAAGAUGCACUGAGUUUAUAGGAAGAGUUCUACGUACCCAAACUCGAUACGAGGAGUCAACACUUAUGGUCCAAGAAGCCAAAGCCUUAUUUGAAGAUAUCGGCAACCGUCAUGGGACCGCACUAUGCACACAGGACUUAGCGGAAAUAAUGCACGGCCAGGGUCGGCUCGAUGAGGCGGCGAAUAUGCUCCAGGAGGCCAAAGCGUCCUUUGAGGCAAUCAGUAUGCUUCAGGAUGCGGCCCGCUAUACAAGGAGCCUAGGCACUAUACGGCUCACCCAGGGUCGAUACGAUGAAGCAACACAUAUGCUGCAAAAUGCGAGAACAUCCUUCCGCGCUGUCAAUCACCGUUUGGGUGAAGCACAGUGCACACAGGGCCUGGGCCAAGUUUUUCGCAUGCGAGGCAGGUAUGAGGAGGCAAGACAUAUUAUCCAAGAGGCCAAAGUGUCGUUCGAAUCUGUUGGUAACUGCCUUGGCGCAGCACAGUGCAUGCAGAGCCUCGGCAAUAUGUUGCUCAUGCAAGCUGAGUACGAUGACGCAGCGCAGAUGUUGCAAGACGCCAAGGUGGCCUUCGAAGCUGUCGGCGCCCAUCUGGGUGCGACACAGUGCUCGACGGACAUUGGCAGUAUAUUAUUCUGUCAGGGGUGGUACGAUGAUGCAGGACAUAUGUUUCAAGAUGCGAAGAAGACCUUCGAAGUUAUCGGCGACCGCCUCGGCGCAACACAGUGUAUGGCGACGCUUGGCGAGAUAUUGACUGAGCAAGCUUGUUAUGAGGAGGCGACGUGUAAACUCCAAGAUGCCAAAGCGUUAUUCGAGGCUAUAGGAACUCCUGCCAGUGGAAGGCACCACGAUGCGAUUCACACGCUCCACCACGCCAGACGGUCAUUCGAAUCCAUCGGCAGCCGUAAUGGGAUGGCCCACUCCAUGCGGAGCCUUGCCGAUGCUUUACGCAGGCAGGGUCGGUAUGUAGAAGCGGCGCAUAUGCUUGCAGAGGCAAAAUCCGUGUUCGAAAGCAUGGCGGACCAUAGCGGUGUCGCAGAAUGCUUGAGGAUUAGCGCCGUAAUCCUCCGCAUGCAGAAUCAGUGCCAGCAAGGGAUCGAAAGGUUGCAGGCAGCGCGGUCAAUAUUCACUCGCAUUGGUCGAAGGGCGGACUCGGCAAAUUGCAACAUGGACCUGGGAUAUACUUUGACACAACAAGGCAGCAAUGUGGAAGCGAGACGAAUGUUUGAGCAAGCGAAGGAGACAUACGAUCAGAUAAGACUUACUUGGAAAGUGAAAGAGGCUGCAGAGGCACUCGAGAACUUGGAGAAUCUUGAGAUCGACCAAAGUGAAGGAGAGGUUGCGGAUGUACAGUGAUUGCAGGACGUCCUGCUUCCAACAGAAAUAAGGCCCAAAGACACUAA